CCUAACAGUAGCAGCAAUUCGUUUCAGAUCGCUGCUCUCGGGUAGCGGAAUUUAUCGUAUAAUUUCGUUUAUUUAGCAUUGUUUUCUUGUUUUUUUAGUGUUUCAAUUCAAACUUUAGUUCCGUUUGUGUGUCAAGAAAUAGUUAGUAACCACGCACUACAAGCUGGGAAGGCGGAAUAUUCGAAACAAUCGAGGCGCUUUUUCCGUGGUAUAGUUGGCUCGAAAGAAUUCAGGACACCACCAGUGUAAAAGAGCUACGAACGAAAGUAUAGGGGAAGAAGAGACAGUGCCGUCGUAAUCAUAGCAACAUAGGGAGGAAAACUUGCGUGUGUAUGUUUGUGUUUGUGCUCUUGGUGUUGAAUGGAGUUGACGACGUGAUGAUUGGAGCUCGGCCCUUUCUACGUCGUCAUUAUGAAUGGCGAUGAUGAUGAGAAACACAUCGAGCAGUUUCCAGUAGCGGAAUCACGGAAUCGAAUCACAGGAUGUGGAAGUGAUCAUGAUCAUCGAUCACCCAGACGGAGCUAUCCUUUGAGUUUAGUACCCAUAUUCUACGACAUGUACAGCUGCUUUAACUCGUAAAAUUAUGACGAAAGUUGGUUGCGUAUCAUUCGCAGCUUCGGAGACAUCUCAAUUGAAACUACCGAGUCAUCGAAGAGAAAUCGUCAAUUAAGAAAACCAUAAUUUCUUGACUUCUUGCAUCUGUAAUAUUGCGACUACAUUCGCGAAAAAUGGUGUAUGAAUUGAAGAACCGAGUGCCUAACAAUACAUAAGACUUAUCUAAUCAAAGAAACAGUAAGUCGGUUGUCUAUAAGCCCCAUGGAUGUCAGUGCUUAAGUAUCAUGGAAAGAAGAAGAGCUCAAUCACGCCAAUAGUGUACAUGUGUACACAUUAAUAUGUGCCUCAGUUAUGUAGCGUAAAUGUGUGAAAUACAUUAAUUAUAAUCAGUGUGUUUCGACAGAAGGUUUUAUUCGUUAUACUUCGCCGCGAUGUUGUCUACAUUGAACGCUGGCGAUGAUUCACAUAAGCUAUUUCAGUGACCGCUACUAGUAUACUGGAGGACCUCACAAAGAACUCAACAUGGGGGAUACUAAAGUGAAGCAACCUUCUUUCUUCGGUAGCUCGCCCCAGCAACAAGCGACUACAUCGAAGGCAGCGUUAUUAGACGCCCAAAAGGGAAAUCCUGCUUUGAAAGUGAACGGCAAGGAGGAUGGCUCUGGUAGAAAUGUGUCCAAAUAUGAUCAGCUCAAGGCUCGUAAGAUGGAGCUUGAAAGAAGGCUCAAUGAAAAAUAUGCCCAGCUUCAGCAAAUCAAGCGCGAGGAGGCUCAGCUUAUCGGGAUGUACCCUAGUGAUUUCAGCGCCGGUGUCGGAAGCCACGAUCAGAAUGGAGCAGCGCCUACAUUGCGGCGUAAGAUAGGGACAAGUUUCAAGUUACCCGAAAACUUGUUGAAUAAUAAAGAGGAUGACAUCAAUAAGCUUCUUUUAGAGAAACAAAUUCAGCAACAAAUAUCCGAGGCCUCCCUCAGGUUGGCCAACGAUACCUCUCAAUCCAAAUCUGUUCGAAGGACACAUAAACAAAAUUAUGAAACGGCACAACAAAAAUUAUUAGCUAUAAACCAAAAUCUGAGCGUACUCAAGAAGCGUCAACAAACGGCAGCCGAGCAGCAGAAACCUCCUCCUGCUACCAGAGAUGAUAUUGAUCUUCAUAAAAGUAAUAAUGUGAAUAGAUUCCGGUCGAAUAGUAACAGUAGCAGCAUGAUGAUGAUGAACCUGUCGGAGCGAAGAAACUCCUUGAAAUCAAAUACAUCGUCGAAUCAUUCGAGCACGCUGAAUAGCUCGAUCGGUUCCGCGAGCAAACAGCAACAGCUUCUUGUACAAAUCCCCAGCCAGCAUCCUGGCCACUUUCAUUCGCAACAAUUAUCACCGUAUUCUUUACACUCGGGAGCCCUCUCCGUCAUGCCAUCGGGUUCGCAGAGUAUGACUCCAAGUGCAUCGGCUGCGAUGGUGUCGCAGUUAAGUAUGCUGCGACAACGACCGCGUCAUGAUAGCUUUAGUGGGAUUAUUAAUUACGACACAACAUCGGUGGAUGCUGCAAAAAUGUCUCCCGUGAGUGGCGGAAGCGGACAUUACCAUUAUUCUCACUCACAUCAACAUUUUCAACAGCAACAGCUGCAGCACCAACAACAACAACAACAACAGCAGCAGCAAGGCAGUAGACUGAAUAAACUGAUGCAGCACCAAAUUUUGAACUAUAGUCCUCCUCCUGGACAUCAUCCUCAUGGGUAUAUACUGUCACCACCAGCCAGUGCAUCAUCUGCCGCAACUAGCCAAUCAUUUGUGUAUGAUUCGAAGGUGAUCUCUAGACUGCAGCAACCACCUCCCCCUCCACCGCCACCUUCGCAUGUUCCGACGUCAUUCCACGAACAACAUUAUUACCCAAACACCCAAGCAUCCGGCAGUAACAGCAGCUACGAGCCCCAGCAGGAUAUGACGGCUGGUCUCGGGGGUUACUGGAUGAUGUUGGAAACCGGAGAGAAGGUCUGGUGUGCCGUAGAUGCUCGGUUCUCCAGUUUAGAUCGAAAGAGUGGCGGUAGCAUGAAACUUUCACGAUCGAAACUGAGUCAAUAUCAACAUGCGAUUCCCACCAAAAGCAAUUCCAUGGGUAAUUUCGAUUUCGUUAAUAAGCAGCAACAGCAGCAACAACAACAGGAAGAUUCGAUACAUUCCGAUGCCAUCUCUGUUACUUCUGGUUCCAGUGAACACAAGAAACGUGAAAAAAUUUGGAGAGAAACUUCGCUAGACAGCCCAAUUGUGAAGCACAAGACGAUUCCUUCGCCAACGGCACCUGUGAACACCACAACGCUACCCGCGUAUCCUCAACCACCGCCAGCUCCUACUCAAGUGCAGGUCUCGAUUCAAACUCCUCUGCAUAUAAAUACCAGUCACAAUUAUGGUAUUUCCUCGUCGUCUCCUCUGUUACUAUCGCCUCAACAAAUGCGGUACUAUCAGCAGAAGCAGCAACAAAUUCUGGAACAACAGCGACAGCAGCAGUACAGAAUGAAGCAAAUUGAAGAGCAAAAUCAUCAUGCCUAUGUAAUGGAACAGCACCAGCAACAGCAACAGCAGCAGCAUUUGCAUCGCCAAAAGCUUCUUCGUUCACCGCCACAUCUUCCAAACCAUCGAAACCCUUAUACUCAACAAGUGCAGCAGCCGGUAAACCACCAGCAUCAGCACCAGCACUUGGAUCUUCUACCACAAUCACCUCAACUGUACGAUCGCGAAAAUAACAACUAUUUUCAAUCCCAGGGACCACCACGCCAGAGCAAUCUCUCGUCCCGCCACCCUGACCUCCUUAUUUCACCCACACUUUCGGUUUCAUCUUCCAACACCCUAACGUCCCCGAACUUACGACAUCAAACCUCAAUAUCACCGACACCCUCGACCAUCACAACCACAUCAACGGGCGCUGGUGUCAUUAUCCAACACACUCCCGACAUCCAAACGGAGUCACCAAAAAAUGUCACAGUAGUCCAGCAGGGGAAAAUCCUUCCAUACAAGGAAGUUACCAAACCCUUCGAGAUGUCAGAUUUCUACAAGUACUCCACAAAGUACCGACAGAAACAGCAACAACUGCAACAGCAGCAGCAUCAGCAACCAUCCGCCGCCGUCGUUGUCGGUCAACUAAGUCCCAAUGGUAACAGCGUGGGGUUGUACUCGCAUCACGUCGCCUCAAGCCAUGGCAGCGGCAGCAGUGCCGGUGAGGAAAUGAUCCAGAAGGCUACAUAUCACCCGCCAAAUCCGUCGAUAUGUCACGCAAUCAACUACAAUUGAGUAAGUGUUCUGAGAGAAAAAAAAACAUGUAAGUUUUUUGGAUAGUCAGUGUGGAAUUUUCCUGGAUGAAAAUUUUGUAGCUAGACAGCAGAGGUUAUAGGUUCACCAAUCGUAUUUGAUGUUCAAUAAAUUCGCUCAGUUUUUAAUGAAGGUGGAAUAGAAACACUUUAACCAAUCCAAAACAAAUCCAAUGCAAUUGAAAUCACGAUUGCUCAUAAGUAAUUAGGCGUGAUACACAAAAUACGUAACGCAAAAAAAAUGCGGAUUUUGCAUGUGUUUUGUUUAAUACGCAUUGAUUCACUCUGCUUCGUGCUUAAGUCUGGUGUAAUGUUCAGCUAGCGUCUCAAAUGUUCCGCCGACUAUGUAUAUGUCAUAAGCGAAUUUUCUGGAUCUAUUUAGAAUCGUACCACGCAAAUUAAACGCCGCUCGUCUCAUAACACCCUCCAGCGCAAUGUUGAAUAGCAGGCAAAGGAAGCACUGUAUCCAGCUGCUUCAGCAUGACCAAUGUGCCCUAGGUUUAUUCUUUAUCCGGCGUUAUCCCCCCCCCCCCUCCUUUAAUGCGUUACGUAAUUUGUGCACGACGCCUCAUUACGCAUAAUGUCUGAUGUUUCAUUGCGUUAUUUUAGCUGUCUCAACCAAGUUUUUUAGGACUCUAUCUAUUUACAUCGUCACAAUUACAGUCACGAGUGAUGAUUUUGUUGAAUAAAGGACAAAUAUAUUAAAGAAAAAAACAACAUUUCCAUGAGAGAACGAGAAUUAAUUGUAAAUAAAAAAUCUGUAAAACCUACAUCAUCAAUGUCAGAAACGAGAUGUUGUUCAGACUGACUGCCUCAGAUUUAUAUGGAAGAUGUGAGACUUUGGUGUCGCGCUCAGGCGACCGCGCAUUUAAAUAACAAGCAAACAAAAAAUAGAUAGCAUAUGUAUUACUGUUAACUUUGUACAGAGAAGACUGUUAGCUCAUAUAUAGUGUUGAUGUCUUUGGAAUAGCGUUAGACGUAUUCGGACAUGGAAAAAAAUGGACAUACCAUUUGAGAGUGUUCCAUUGGUGGCCUUUUAUACGAGUUUCUAUCGUGAGUGUUCUGAAUCAAAUAAUAUAUAUUUUGAACAAGCAAUGAACAAUGAAAAGUUUAAAAAUCAAAAACGUACCUUGAUAAAAUGUAGAUUGAUAGCCAUAGGUAAAAGUUAGACAACAUAUAUACAAUUAUAGAGAAUAUUUUUUCCGUAACUUCCUUAAUAGUUUCCUUUUUGUGUUUUUUUUUUCGAAUCUAAAGACUAUUUCGCAGCUUGUGAAUUUGAAGAAAACGUAAACAUGUUCGGGAUCGACUCCUUUCCAAGCAAAAGCAUGAGAAAACAUAUUUGAAGUGUGAAUUAAUUUGUAGCGCAGUUCUUCUUACUCAAUCAUUAAAACUAUUCUUUUUGUUGUUAGUUUUUCAAUAACAUUUGUUUGUUUUAUUAAUAGUUAGCUUAUACUGUAACUCCACGACAGCAUCUGUGAAUAAAAUAUAUUGGUUAAUUCGUUUUAAGAAUUUUCUCGCUCGCUGCUGUAAUUUCCCUCUAUAUAUUCAUUCCCAUAAAUAAUUUCGA